AUGUCAAACAAGCAAAUCAAAAGGCUUCCAGAUUGUCCGAAUCGUCGCCCUCUUCGAAGUCUAUCACCCUCUUUGAAGUCCGUCCUUGCAUCUUUGAAGUCACUUACUUCUUCUGGGAAUGAGGAUAUAGAUGCUGGAAAGGGGUUUCUUUCAUGUAGAAAUUACAAGAUCGUUACUCAAAUGCCUUCAUUAGCCACGCAACCCAACCAGAAAGGUUUGGUCCCGUUGCACAUGGCUUCAGUUGCAGAGCGUGUUGAGAUAGUGAAGGAGCUCUUGAAGGCGAAGCUUGACGAUGAAGUGAACCAGUGCCUUCUGAAGGACGACGAUGGUUGGACUCCACUACAUUAUGCAGUUUUCAGAGGUAGAGUCGAUGUAAUAGAAGAGCUGAUCAGCCAUUGUCCUGAAUAUCUACAAGAAUUGACAGCAACAGGCGAGACAGUUCUUCAUUUAGCAGCGAGGGCUAACCGAUUUGAAGCUUUCAAAUUGACAGUGGAGAAGAUCAACAGGCUUCCGAAUUCCCAAAUACUACUCGGAGCCAAGGACCACUACGGCAAGACCAUGCAUGAUCUUGUGGCAGCAAAGAAACGAUUCCAGGCAAUAUUAGAGAGAGAGAAGAAUGAUCAUCAUAUGCAGGAGGAGGAAACAAGAUUAAACGUGGAGGUGAAGGGCGGCGAGCAUGAAGCACCUAAAAACGAAAAGAAGGAAGCAGGAGGGAACAAGAAAUAUGAGAAAUCAAUACUGGUGGUGGCGACCUUGAUUAUAACUUUGACCUAUCAAGGAUUGCUGAAUCCUCCAUCAACGUUCUUCAAGAAAGGCAGUGAAAUAGAUUGGUCUUGCAUUUUGCAGGCUGUGAUCGAUACUGACCAUCGCCAACCCGACGUGGUAAGCAAUCUAAAUCAGUGUCCAGCUUUCUUGGCUUUCUGCUUCUUGGUGAUGAACACCUUAAUCUUCCUGGUGUGUAUCGUCCUUCUCGAUCUCAGUUUGCGUGGCCACCGUGGAUUCUUGUUUCUGCUUCGAUUGCUCACUUUGUUUCUCACAUUCAGUUACUGUGGCUUGCUUGCGGCUUUCUCCUAUUAUGCUGUCUAUGUUUCCAUCCCACUUGCUAUUUUCUCUUUCGUCUACUUCAUCACGGUAAUAUUCAGUGAACCUUGGCUAAGAGCGAUGAUAUGGCGAAUCUUGAGGAAUCCCAGGCAGUGCGGACCCGAGUUUAACAAGUGCUUUAAGUAUUAA